AUGAUGUGCAUUGAUUCCUUUACCCUACCUCUUUGUAUCCCUUGUCGAGGAAUGUACUUACGGCAGGAUGCAUUACUAGAAGUUGAUCUGUGGGUAAAGGAGGAAGGGGAUGGAUCGGCUGACAAACAAAUACUUUCUGUGUAUGCUGAGAUUGAGAGCUGCCCAGCUUAUGAUGAAAUGCUAUAUGGACAGAUUCGUACUGGCCUGUUCAGCUUGGACAUAGGCUACAUAUCAUUUACAAGAAGUAUCGAGGCCGUAAUAGAAGUCUUGGCAAAGGUUGAUGGUCCUCAUCAUGUGAGAUUUGGUGCUUUCAGCAGUGGCUUUGAUCAUGAGAUUGUGUUGUUUGAUGACACAUUCUCUGGGACUAAGAUGCAGUUUCAGCAUGUAGUCGUGGUGAAAGCAGAGGAAAAAUUGGAUGUUUGCGUAAAGUUGGGGGAAUCACUCUUUGGCUGGGCUUUCCAGGAUGGACAUGUUGGACCUGUUAGGAUUCCUGAUGACUCUAUGUCAAAGUAUGGCCAGUUUGAUGUGAGGGUGUUCUUUGCCCCUAAGAACUCGCGACCACAGAAAUAAGUGAAGAAGACACCCCGUGCUGGAUUGUGCGUUUUAUUUUCUCCUAACUAAGUACCUCCUGAGUGUUUUUUUUUUGUAAUCUAUAAACCCUCUGUGUCAAAACAACAGAUGUUUGAGGUCAGACUUGUCGAAACUUGAAAAUAUUCUA